UCUGGAGUCUGGUACCCACAGAGGAGCAGGCAGGGAGGGAGGGGAUGCAAGCGGGAGGAUAAAGCGAUGAAGUGUGCUGCGUUACCGCACAUCAGGCGCUGUUGUUGGAGCCGGAACACCGUGCGACUCUGACAGAACCGGCCCCCUCCUCGCGCACACACUCGCCGAGCCGCGCGCGCCCCUCCGCCGUGACAGUGGCCGUGGCCGCCGCUCUCUCGGGGCACCCGGCAGCCAGAGCGCGGCGAGAGCGGGCGGUCGCCAGGGUCCCCUCCCCAGCCAGUCCCAGGCGCCCGGUGCACUAUGCGGGGCACGUGCGCCCCCCAGCUCUAAUCUGCACGCUGACAGGAGCAUGAUCUGUGCCCAGGCCAGGGCUGCCAAGAAUCUGUACCAGAACAGAUUUUUAGGCCUGGCCGCCAUGGCGUCUCCUUCUAGAAACUCCCAGAGCCGACGCCGGUGCAAGGAGCCGCUCCGAUACAGCUACAACCCCGACCAGUUCCACAACAUGGACCUCAGGGGCGGCCCCCAUGAUGGCGUCACCAUUCCCCGCUCCACCAGCGACACUGACCUGGUCACCUCGGACAGCCGCUCCACGCUCAUGGUCAGCAGCUCCUACUAUUCCAUCGGGCACUCUCAGGACCUGGUCAUCCACUGGGACAUAAAGGAGGAAGUGGACGCUGGGGACUGGAUUGGCAUGUACCUCAUUGAUGAGGUCUUGUCCGAAAACUUUCUGGACUAUAAAAACCGUGGAGUCAAUGGUUCUCAUCGGGGUCAGAUCAUCUGGAAGAUCGAUGCCAGCUCGUACUUUGUGGAACCUGAAACUAAGAUCUGCUUCAAAUACUACCAUGGAGUGAGUGGGGCCCUGCGAGCAACCACCCCCAGUGUCACGGUCAAAAACUCGGCAGCUCCUAUUUUUAAAAGCAUUGGCACUGAUGAGACUGUCCAAGGACAAGGAAGUCGGAGGCUGAUCAGCUUCUCUCUCUCAGAUUUCCAAGCCAUGGGGUUGAAGAAAGGGAUGUUUUUCAACCCAGACCCUUAUCUGAAGAUUUCCAUUCAGCCUGGGAAGCACAGCAUCUUCCCCGCUCUCCCUCACCAUGGACAGGAGAGGAGAUCCAAGAUCAUAGGCAACACCGUGAACCCCAUCUGGCAGGCCGAGCAAUUCAGUUUUGUGUCCUUGCCCACUGACGUGCUGGAAAUUGAGGUGAAGGACAAGUUUGCCAAGAGCCGCCCCAUCAUCAAGCGCUUCUUGGGAAAGCUGUCGAUGCCCGUUCAAAGACUCCUGGAGAGACACGCCAUAGGGGAUAGGGUGGUCAGCUACACACUUGGCCGCAGGCUUCCAACAGAUCAUGUGAGUGGACAGCUGCAAUUCCGAUUUGAGAUCACUUCCUCCAUCCACCCAGCAGAUGAUGAGGAGAUUUCCCUGAGUACCGAGCCUGAGUCAGCCCAAAUUCAGGACAGCCCCAUGAACAACCUGAUGGAAAGCGGCAGUGGGGAACCUCGGUCUGAGGCACCAGAGUCCUCUGAGAGCUGGAAGCCAGAGCAGCUGGGUGAGGGCAGUGUCCCCGAUGGUCCAGGAAACCAAAGCAUGGAGCUUUCCAGACCAGCUGAAGAAGCAGCAGUCAUCACUGAGGCAGGAGACCAGGGCAUGGUCUCUGUGGGACCUGAGGGGGCUGGGGAGCUCCUGGCCCAGGUGCAAAAGGACAUCCAGCCUGCCCCCAGUGCAGAAGAGCUGGCCGAGCAGCUGGACCUGGGUGAGGAGGCGUCAGCACUGCUGCUGGAAGACGGUGAAGCCCCAGCCAGCACCAAGGAGGAGCCCUUGGAGGAGGAAGCAACGACGCAGAGCCGGGCUGGAAGGGAAGAAGAGGAGAAGGAGCAGGAGGAGGAGGAGGGAGAUGUGUCUACCCUGGAGCAGGGAGAGGGCAGGCUGCAGCUGCGGGCCUCGGUGAAGAGAAAAAGCAGGCCCUGCUCCUUGCCUGUGUCCGAGCUGGAGACGGUCAUCGCGUCAUCCUGCGGGGACCCCGAGACCCCGCGGACACACUACAUCCGCAUCCACACCCUGCUGCACAGCAUGCCCUCGGCCCAGGGAGGCAGCGCAGCAGAGGAGGAGGACGGCGCGGAGGAGGAGUCCACCCUCAAGGACUCGUCGGAGAAGGAUGGGCUCAGCGAGGUGGACACGAUGGCCGCUGACCCGUCUGCCCUGGAAGAGGACAGAGAAGAGCCCGAGGGGGCUACUCCAGGCACGGCGCACCCUGGCCACUCCGGGGGCCACUUCCCCAGCCUGGCCAAUGGCGCGGCCCAGGAUGGCGACACGCACCCCAGUACCGGGAGCGAGAGCGACUCCAGCCCCAGGCAAGGCGGGGACCACAGUUGCGAGGGCUGUGACGCGUCCUGCUGCAGCCCCUCGUGCUACAGCUCCUCUUGCUACAGCACGUCCUGCUACAGCAGCUCGUGCUACAGCGCCUCGUGCUACAGCCCCUCCUGCUACAACGGCAACAGGUUCGCCAGCCACACGCGCUUCUCCUCCGUGGACAGCGCCAAGAUCUCCGAGAGCACGGUCUUCUCCUCGCAAGACGACGAGGAGGAGGAGAACAGCGCGUUCGAGUCGGUACCCGACUCCAUGCAGAGCCCUGAGCUGGACCCGGAGUCCACGAACGGCGCUGGGCCGUGGCAAGACGAGCUGGCUGCCCCUAGCGGGCACGUGGAAAGAACCCCGGAAGGUCUGGAAUCCCCCGUGGCAGGUCCAAGCAAUCGGAGAGAAGGUGAAUGUCCUAUACUCCAUAAUUCCCAGCCAGUAAGCCAGCUUCCUUCCCUGAGGCCUGAACAUCAUCACUACCCAACAAUCGAUGAGCCUCUUCCACCAAACUGGGAAGCUCGAAUUGACAGCCACGGGCGGGUCUUUUAUGUGGACCACGUGAACCGCACAACCACCUGGCAGCGUCCGACGGCAGCAGCCACCCCGGAUGGCAUGCGGAGAUCGGGGUCCAUCCAGCAGAUGGAGCAACUCAACAGGCGGUAUCAAAACAUUCAGCGAACCAUUGCAACAGAGAGGUCCGAAGAAGAUUCUGGCAGCCAAAGCUGUGAGCAAGCCCCAGCAGGAGGAGGCGGAGGUGGAGGGAGUGACUCAGAAGCCGAAUCUUCCCAGUCCAGCUUAGAUCUAAGGAGAGAUGGGUCACUUUCUCCAGUGAACUCACAAAAAAUCACCUUGCUGCUGCAGUCCCCAGCGGUCAAGUUCAUCACCAACCCCGAGUUCUUCACUGUGCUGCAUGCCAAUUAUAGUGCCUACCGAGUCUUCACCAGUAGCACCUGCUUAAAGCACAUGAUUCUGAAAGUCCGACGGGAUGCUCGCAAUUUUGAACGCUACCAGCACAACCGGGACUUGGUGAAUUUCAUCAACAUGUUCGCAGACACUCGGCUGGAACUGCCCCGGGGCUGGGAAAUCAAAACGGACCAGCAGGGAAAGUCUUUUUUCGUGGACCACAACAGUCGAGCUACCACUUUCAUUGACCCCCGAAUCCCUCUUCAGAAUGGUCGUCUUCCCAAUCAUCUAACUCACCGACAGCACCUCCAGAGGCUCCGAAGUUACAGCGCUGGAGAGGCCUCAGAAGUUUCUAGAAACAGAGGAGCCUCUUUACUCGCCAGGCCAGGACACAGCUUAGUAGCUGCUAUUCGAAGCCAACAUCAACAUGAGUCAUUGCCACUGGCAUAUAAUGACAAGAUUGUGGCAUUUCUUCGCCAGCCAAACAUUUUUGAAAUGCUGCAAGAGCGUCAGCCAAGCUUAGCAAGAAACCACACACUCAGGGAGAAAAUCCAUUACAUUCGGACUGAGGGUAAUCACGGGCUUGAGAAGUUGUCCUGUGAUGCGGAUCUGGUCAUUUUGCUGAGUCUCUUUGAAGAAGAGAUUAUGUCCUACGUCCCCCUGCAGGCUGCCUUCCACCCUGGGUAUAGCUUCUCUCCCCGCUGUUCACCCUGUUCUUCACCUCAGAACUCCCCAGGUUUACAGAGAGCCAGUGCAAGAGCCCCUUCCCCCUACCGGAGAGACUUUGAGGCCAAGCUCCGCAAUUUCUACAGAAAACUGGAAGCCAAAGGAUUUGGUCAGGGUCCAGGGAAAAUUAAGCUCAUUAUUCGCCGGGAUCAUUUGUUGGAGGGAACCUUCAAUCAGGUGAUGGCCUAUUCACGGAAAGAGCUCCAGCGAAACAAGCUCUACGUCACCUUUGUUGGAGAGGAGGGCCUGGACUACAGUGGCCCCUCGCGGGAGUUCUUCUUCCUUCUGUCUCAGGAGCUCUUCAACCCUUACUAUGGACUCUUUGAGUACUCGGCAAAUGAUACUUACACGGUGCAGAUCAGCCCCAUGUCCGCAUUUGUAGAAAAUCAUCUUGAGUGGUUCAGGUUUAGCGGUCGCAUCCUGGGCCUGGCUCUGAUCCAUCAGUACCUUCUUGAUGCUUUCUUUACGAGGCCCUUCUACAAGGCACUCCUGAGACUGCCCUGUGAUUUGAGUGACCUGGAAUAUUUGGAUGAGGAAUUCCACCAGAGCUUGCAGUGGAUGAAGGACAACAACAUCACAGACAUCUUAGACCUCACUUUCACUGUUAAUGAAGAGGUUUUUGGACAGGUCACGGAAAGGGAGUUGAAGUCUGGAGGAGCCAACACACAGGUGACGGAGAAAAACAAGAAGGAGUACAUCGAGCGCAUGGUGAAGUGGCGGGUGGAGCGCGGCGUGGUACAGCAGACCGAGGCGCUGGUGCGCGGCUUCUACGAGGUUGUAGACUCGAGGCUAGUGUCCGUGUUUGAUGCCAGGGAGCUGGAGCUGGUGAUAGCUGGCACCGCGGAAAUCGACCUAAAUGACUGGCGGAAUAACACCGAGUACCGGGGAGGUUACCACGAUGGGCAUCUUGUGAUCCGCUGGUUCUGGGCUGCAGUGGAGCGCUUCAAUAAUGAGCAGAGGCUGAGAUUACUGCAGUUUGUCACGGGAACAUCCAGCGUGCCCUACGAAGGCUUCGCAGCCCUCCGUGGGAGCAAUGGGCUUCGGCGCUUCUGCAUAGAGAAAUGGGGGAAAAUUACCUCUCUCCCCAGGGCACACACAUGCUUCAACCGACUGGAUCUUCCACCGUAUCCCUCGUACUCCAUGUUGUAUGAAAAGCUGUUAACAGCAGUAGAGGAAACCAGCACCUUUGGACUUGAGUGAGGACAUGGAACCUCGCCUGACAUUUUCCUGGCCAGUGACAUCACCCUUCCUGGGAUGAUCCCCUUUUCCCUUUCCCUUAAUCAACUCUCCUUUGAUUUUGGUAUUCCAUGAUUUUUAUUUUCAAACCAAAUCAGGAUUGACAAAAGCUGUGCAUGAAGAACUGCCUUCUUCUAAGAUCUAACCUUCAGGCUUCUCUCCUCUGUUUUCAGUGAACUGCUAGCCUGUAUGCAAUAUUAAAAAACAGCUGUCUCAAGGUCUGUGUAUAUCUCCACAUACCUCCAUUACUAACAAUGAAAUAUGAAUGCAAGUUAAGCUACACUUGACCAAAUGGUAAUAAAUGUUUACUUCCAUUUCUAUCAUUGAAGGGAAAAUGUGAGCAUUAAGCACUCCAGGCUUUUAUAUGCCCAUGUCUUCUGAGCAGAGCCACCAUUUUUUAUAAUUUCUAACAACCAACUCCAGAACUAGGAGCUGAUUAACUCUUUGUUUUCCUCUCCAUCUACUUUUCCCUGUGCAUAAUAUCCAUCCAAAGGACAACAGUGGCAAAGCUGAAAUUUUUAUACAUUCAACUCAUGAUUCACAUGUGGCAUCAGUCCCAUCAGCCGGAACUAGCCUAGACAUACGGUGCAAAUAUUCUAACGAUUAACAACAGCAAGAAAACACCUGCUGCUGAUGCGAUGCAAUGCAUCCCAAUGGUUGUGGGGAUUGUGGGCUCAACUCAAGAGAAGUUUAGGAGGGGGAGCAUCCCUAGUGAAUACUCACAUCACAAGAAGGACAAACUUGUGCACAUGUCCAAGAAAGAAAGCUUCUUGAUUGAUGUAGCAUGAAGGAUGAGGCUUCAGCCCCCAUUGUCUUGUGUAGAAUGUGGCAAUGCCAACUGGAGAAAGGGAAGAAGGACAUAUUACCUUGGUUUGAAUCCCUGAGUUCUGUACUGUUCUGUUUUGUUUAGUCUAGCCACAGUUCUUCACAAAGGAAAAAAAAAUGUGUAGAUGAUACCAUGACUUUUGUUAAAGCCAUGACUUUUGUUUGGUUGGCAGACAAACCCUUUUUUUUAAACUUUGAUAUUGGUUUUUUUUCACUUUUUUUUUUCCUUUUCCUUUCUUAAUCAUGGAGUUCAAGUUCCUUUGCAUUCGAUUGCCCAUCGGGACCACACUAGGAAGCUGCAGAGAGUGAUGGUGCUUGUUAGGGAUCAAGGGCAACAUAGUACUUCUCCUUCACCCAUAGUAAUCCUCCUGGGGCAGAAACAUAACACCCCAAAGGCACGUUGAUUUGUAUCAAAAUAAAUAUCCAGUUUCUUUUAGCAUUCAGUGAAAACAUAUCUCAGAAAACUUCAUGUUGUCAGAAAAACAGUUGCAAGCUCCAAAGACAGCCUAACCUCUCAAUUACAUUUGAAAUAAACCCAACCAUAAUGGUCAUUUGCUAUUUUUCUAACGUUGUUAUCCAUGUUGCCUGAAAUAGGUCAUAAAUGAAAGUGUUUUUCUUCACUGGGAAAAAGAAGAGCUCAAGAGACCCCACUAUUUAAAUGUCACUUUAUUGUUUUCCAUAUUAAAACAAGGGAGAAAUGUAAGACGAAGUGAAUUUCAUAUGAAGCCACGCCUAAUGGCUCAUUUUACCAGUUUGUGUCUGGACAGUGUGUUAUUUGUGUUCCUACACUCUAAAGCAUUCCGGCCAGGAGCGGUGGCUCAUGCCUGUAAUCCCAGCACUUUGGGAGGCUGAGGUGGGGAGAUCACUUGAGGUCAGGAGUUCAAGACAAGCCUGGCCAACAUGGUGAAACCCCAUCUCUACUAAAAACACAAAAAUUAGCCAGGUGUGAUGGCACAUGACGGUAGUCCAGAUACUUGGGAGGCUAAGGAAGGAGAAUCGCUUGAACCUGAGAAGCAGAGGUUGCAGUGAGCCAAGAUUGUGCCGCUGCACUCCAGCCUGGAUGACCGAGGGAGACUCCAUCUCAAAAAAAUAAAUAAAAAUAAAAGCAUUUUUUUUAGUAGGAAUUAGCUACAAUGCCCAGCACCCCUUGAAGUGAUGUGUCCAUUGUCAAUCAAGGAGUAUACAUUAUAGAAAUUUAGCCUUUUAUUGUCUAAAAAGAAUAUUUACUGAGACAGGAUGGAAUGUGUAAGUUAUAUGAUAUAGAAUUUGAGGGAUAUGUAAAAUUCAGUACAUGUUCAGCAUCUGAAGAAUAAUGGAUUCCAAUGGAGCUAUUAUUUUAUUUAUGAAAUCAGAGCAAAAGGACUAUGCAGAUCACUGAACCAUAUCCUUAUUCUAACUCUUGCAACAGCAUCUCUAAUAUAGGGGCAUCUUUUAUCUUUAGAACUUGGUGUUAUAUAUAUGUAAAUACUCAUUAAUUCAAGCACUCUCUUUCUAGUACUUACAUUAUUUGUCAGGCAUUGGAAAGGGAGAAAGCUGUUUACAAGAUGGACCGGCUCCUGGAGAGCUUUACAAUUUAUAUAAAUAACUAAUUAAUCUAUUAAUUAGAUUAAUUAAUAUCUAAUCUACCUAUAUACAAAAGGAAUGCAGUAUCUCAGAAAUUAUAUAUAGAUAGGUAACUUUGGCAUACCUGAUUUUUCAACUACCGUUUCCUUAUCCACCAGCACUACUGAUGUCACAGCUAUAGAUCUAUCCCACAAAGCAUAACAGGAACAUUAUUUCACAAAAGUGCAAAAUUUCAUGAAGAAAUGCUGAUGUCACGGUCACCUGAAAGAAGAUGAAGCUUGUAAUAUUUUAUUGCAACCUUGCAUAGAAUCCUUAAGGAAGAAAAACAAAAAGAAGAGGAACACAGAAACAAGUUAUGGACAUUCAUGUUUACCUUAUUUAUAAGGCUGAUUUUUAAAUUAUAUAUAAUUUUUCAUUCAAUAUGUAUAUGAAAUGAAAUAGCUAUAGAACUAAAUUUCACUUAGGUGGAGGUAUAAACCACCUUAAAUUAUAUAGUUCGGGAGAAAAACAGAUCUAUUUGUUACCACCUGUAAUUUUUUUUUAAGCAUGAGUUUUCUCCAUGGAGGCAAAUUGCAAAAUUAAUCACUUAAAAAUUUAUAAGCCACAAUCUCCCUAAAACAAUUGCUUUUUGUAAGAGUGUAACGCCUUUAAUCAGGGGACAAACAAGAACAAUAAAUAAGAAAAGAUUUAUGUUACAACUUUGAAAAAUGCUUUUAAAAUUCUAUAAAGUGUUAUAAUAAUUUCACGGAUAUCACAAAUGUUUUAUGCUACAGUGUGAAGAUGAUAAUCCUAAAAAUGGAAAUUGACUCUGUGGGGUCAGAAGUAUUCUAAAUCUACUGAACUCUUUGUAAUUUCCUAUGUAUAUAAAUGAGUGGAGGUUGUGAAGAUGCCGAGAGAGUGGUGAAAAAAUUAAGAAAAAGAGACAUAUGAUUUGGGGGAGCAGGCGUUAAACAUGCAAGAUCUAAAUUUUCUUUUAAUACAUGACCAUAUGUCCUUGAACAGUAAGUAUAUUUGUGUGGCAAGCCAAUGGCUGAGUUUUCCAGGGUAGUUUUAAUAUUACAUCCAUCAUAUUGUCAGUCCAUAUGUCAAACCAUGUGUCCAAAAUUUGGGUUCGGAAAUUUCUCAGUUGCCACAAAUAUUUUCCCAGUCAAGAUGAAACACUUUCAAAUGAAAGUAGUUAGAACUUUACUUAACAAAUGUGGUGCUUUAUUAUUAUUAUUAUUAUUACGUACUUCCGUGUUCAUUAUUAAAACUGCUGCAAUACUAUAUCAUAAAAAUCUGGGAUGGAUGUUCCAGCCAUCAUAAGGUCCAAAAGAGAAAGUGUUAUUUUCCUGUUAGUGACAUGUAGUCCCUUUGUUCUAGUAGAAAAAAAGGUGCCUAGAGGUAGUAUAUAGAGUAAAUAUUGUUCCUUUAGCCUACUUCCUGCAGCUUCCAAUUUAUCCAAGGAAAUGUCUACAACAAUUUUGUUCAAAAGUCUGUUCUAGUCAAUAGCAGGAGAAGUCCACGUUAUUGGGCUGAUUUUGCUUACAUCAGCAAGAGAAAUGUCACGUGAUACUCAGGCCGCGCUUUCUCUUCCAUCACACCAUCUUCAAGGAAUGUCAAUAAACUCACUUUGGUAUGGCA